GCGCAAGGAACAAGAAAUACCCUGACCGCUUAAUCUGUGUCCAGCCUCUGCCCUUAUCCUCUUCCUUCACUUUUCUCCUCUUUGCCCUCUCAGAGAUCACGGUGGUACGCCAUUACCUAUACUUCUUUCCGGACUCCCUCCACGCCAUCUCUGCAGAAGACGUGUCCUCCCACGGAAGCACACCAGCUCAAAGUAAUGACCUCUUCUCCUCUGGUUCGCAUUGGAUGCAUAAAUAUAGAUAGUUUAUUUGCAUUGUUCUAUAUACUUUGUAGUCUCAACGAUGAGGCAUACAUGUCAAUUAUGGGUGUUGGCUCCAACAAUUCGCAUUGGUCUCAAACCAAUGACAUGCAUUUCGAUGACCAUGAGUUCGAGGUGGACGAGGAUGGUGAGGGCAUUGCCGACGCACCGAAAGGAAGAGCAGGCAAUUACACCAACGUUGAAGACAUCUUACUAUGCAAUACUUGGUUGCAAGUGUCGAGGGAUCCAUCCGUUGAAGGAGAUCAAAGUAGAGAUGCUUAUUGGCUUCAGAUGAAGGAACACUUUGAUGUCCGCAACGAGAGUGGAAUUGACCGCUCCGAUCGAUCUCUUCGCUCCCGGUGGUCGACAAUCAACAAGGAUUGUCAAAAAUGGGCGGCCGCACAAAAGGCGGUUGACAAGUUGAACCCAAGUGGCACUAAUGAGGACGAUAGAUACAAUAUUGCACAAAACUUGUUCAAAGGAGAGGAGAAGAGGACGAAGAAGGGGAAGAUCAAGAAAGGAAGGCCAUUUACCUUGCCUCAUUGCUAGGACGUAUUGAAGGAUGAUGAGAAAUGGAAGAAGCGUGAUGAUAUAGAUGAUUUCGAUUUGAGUAACAAACACAAGCGAACAAUUGAGUUGGAUGACGAUGAUGAGGAGGACGCAUCAAGUGAUGACGGCAAGAGAAGCCCCACACCCAACUCGGUUUCAUACUCGAAGCCAAAACGACCGGAUGGAACCAAGAAAGAUGCAAAAGAAAA